AUGUCGGCUUUACCCAUGUCGCUUUGUCACGGGAAGAAGGGGGCGGCGUGGGGCGAGACGGGGCACCACAAGAAGGGGCACAAGACGACCGGGUACCACAACACGUACCACAAGGACGAGUACAAGAAGGAGCACAAGUUCUACGACGACGCGCACAAAGAGGGGUACCACGACAAGCACGGCUCGCACCACGCGGACCACGGGAAGCACUCGGGCGGCAAGAAGCACGGCGGGUACCACGACUCGGCCUACAACGAGGGGCACAAGGGCAAGUCAGGGUUCUAUGAUAAGGGGCAUUUUGAUAACGAGCACGCCGGACACAAGGGCGCCAGCGGGUUCGACUCCAACUUCGGGAACUUCGAUGAGUUUGGGAAGAAAUCCGGCUUCAAUGAUCAUAACAAGUUUGGAUUCAGCGAUUUUUGA